AUGCCUGAAGUGAUGCUAUCGAUAGUGUUGUUCCUGCUGCCAUGCGCCGUCAUUCUUGAACGCUGCAUCAACAACUGGUCACUAUUAUCCCUUCAUCCAGCUUUGAACGCAUUGGCAAUGCUUGUAUGCUUGCCCAGUGCAUUGCAAGCAAUGAUACAACGAAAGAAUGAGACAAAUGAUGCAAAGCGUGUCUGGCUGACCAAGCUGCAUCUACUGCUCAAUGUAUCGGCUGGAGUAUUAAUAGCUACUGCAGGCAUCGCCGUGUUCAUUGCCAAACGUGACGCUAGUCAUCCGCACUUGGCAACACCACACUCAUGGUCAGCUCUGGUAACUGGUUUAUUCUUCUCACUCAACGUGUUCCAGGGGAUUGUGCUGACGUUUCAGGACACAAAAACCAACUGGCAGUGGAAAGACGAGACUCACGUGCUCACAGGCGUAAUGAUCUACAUUGGAAGUGUCACUACGAUGCUCUAUGGAUUGCAUACGAGCUCAUGGGGGGUCGAAAACUUUAGUUUAGAAAGACAAUUCCAGCUCACAGCACUCAUCAUUGCCGCACACAUGACGUUAUUGGGAAAAAUGCUCGUGCCACAAGGUCGAGAAAGUAGUAAACCACAUGUUGAGAAGACGGCAUAA